AAUUAGGGUACUCAACCUAUGUACUGUUCUUGUGACAGUUUGUCAAUUUCACGUUUUACAAAGUGUUAAUAAAUUAAACCGACAUUAUUAAAAGUCUUUACUUAUUUCAAAAACCAUCUUCCUCGCAUUGAUUUCGACUUCUGAACAACAAAUAAAUUACUUAAUAGCCUGGUACCAGUAACCAGGUUAUAACAAUGGAUUUAUCAGGGGGAAAAAAAUACAUUUUUCAGUAAUAAAAUAAUUAAAAUUCAAACGCCAUCCUAUUAACGCCCUGAUGAUGUGAGCCAGUACUGCAAAAUAUUGCAAUAAUAAUAUGAAUGUACUAAGCCCGCUCGUUUGAAUAUUUACUAUCGUACAGUUCCAGUUUCUACCACCAGGAGGCUUUAGCAGUCCCCGACGUUAUCUGUUAUCAGUCGGUUACACACACAGUAAACACGGUCGUUUUGACUUUUGUUCAUCUGAUGUCACGUUCAAAGUAAACCGGAUUAGAAAAUUAGAAAGUUAUAUUGUUGCGUUUCUACGUAUGAAAAAAUGAAUUAAAUUUAGUUUGUGAUUUAAUAUCUGUCGUUUUGGAUCUAGGGAUCAGAGAUUCGGCAAGCGUUCCCAGCAUAGAUUUAAAGAAGUGAAAAACUAGCUAGAAUUAAAAUGGAUGAUUAUAACUGCGAAACCGUAAUCAAAAUAGAAGAAGAAAAUGAGGAUAUGAUAGAAGAAUUUUCCGGAGCCUUAGUGAAAAAAACUGAACCGUAUAGCAAUAAAAAAUCAUACAAGAGUUGUCCAAACCCUCACAACAAACCUCAAAUAAAUAUUGACGGAGAUACAUAUAAUGACAAUCGUACGAGAAAUGAAGCAAAUAAAAUACCAGAUGGCUGUUAUUUCGAAUCAAUGAUUGAGACAGAUAACAAUAAACCAACGGCAACGAAGUAUAACAAUGAAGAUAUAACAAAACGGCGGUUUUUCCAAUGUAAUUUAUGUGAAAAUUCGUUUAACACUAAAAAGCAAAUAACUUUACAUUUAAUAAAAUCCCACAAAACGAACAAAUACUCUCCCCAAAAACUCAACACCAUACAUCGCAAUAAAUUGUCUAAAGGAUACACAAAAACUAACCGAUCCUAUAAAUGUGAAGUGUGUUUUAAGUAUUUUCUUUCUAAUUCCGCCUUUAUAAUACACAAACGUGUGCACACUGGAGAGAAGCUUUAUAAAUGUAACGUGUGUCUGAAGUCAUUUUCUCAAAAAGGCAAACUUACAAUACACAAACGUGUGCACACAGGAGAGAAGCUUUAUAAAUGUAACGUGUGUCUAAAGUCAUUUUCUCAAAAAAACUAUCUCGCAACACACAAUCGCAUCGUACACAUCGGAGAAAAACCUUAUAAAUGUGUUGUCUGCCUACGGUCAUUUUCUGGAAAAAAUAAAUUAACAAUACACACACGCGUACACACUGGCGAAAAGCCUUAUAAAUGUAACGUGUGCCUGAAGUCGUUUUCUCAAAUAGGCUCGCUCACACUACACGGACACGUGCACACUGGUGAAAAGCCUUAUAAAUGUGAUUUGUGCUCAAAGUCGUUUUCUUCGAAAGGCAAUUUAGCAACACACAAUCGCGUGCAUACUGGCGAAAAACCUCAUAAAUGUACCAUAUGCUUAAAAUCAUUUUCCGAUCCGUCUGCCUUCAGAAAACACAAACGCGUGCACACUGGCGAAAGGCCUUAUAAAUGUUCUGUAUGCCCAUUGUCAUUUUCUGAAAAACCCUCACUCAGAAUACACGAACGCGUGCACACCGGUGAAAAGCCCUUUGAAUGCGAUGUGUGUCUAAAGACAUUUUCUAUAAAAUCCAACCUCGCACUACACGAACGCGUGCACACAGGGGAUAAGCCCUACAAAUGUAACGUGUGUCUUAAGUCAUUUUCUGUAAAAUCCAACCUCACAACACAUGAACACUUGCACACUGGGAAUAAGCCUUAUAACUGUAACGUGUGCCAAAAGUCAUUUUCUUUCAAAUCCAACCUCACAAAACACGAACGCUUACACACAGGAGAGAACCCUUAUAAAUGUAACGUGUGUCUAAAGUCAUUUUCUCAAAAAAGCAACCUUAUAAGGCACAUACGGAUGCACACUGGGGAAAAACCCUUUAAGUGUGUUCUGUGCCUUAAGUCCUUUGCUAUGGCAUCCGCCCUCACAAAACACAAACGCGUGCACACUGAUGAAAAGCCCUACAAAUGUAGCAUAUGUCUCAAGUCAUUUUCUAGAAUAUCCUAUCUCACACGACACAAACGCGUGCAUACUGGCGAAAAGCCUUAUAAAUGUUUGGUAUGCUCACAAUCAUUUUCUGUUAAGUCUGCUCUUACAAACCAUAAGCGCGUGCACACUGGCGAAAAGCCUUUUAAAUGUGAAGUGUGUCUAAAGACAUUUUCUAUAAAAUCCCACCUCGCGAUACAUGAACGUGUUCACACUGGCGAAAAGCCCUACAAAUGUAACGUGUGUCUUAAGUCAUUUUCUAGUAUAUCCUCUUUUACACUACACAAACGCGUGCACACUGGCGAAAAGCCUUAUAAAUGUUUGGUAUGCUCACAAUCAUUUUCUGAUAAGUCUACUCUUACAAAACAUAAGCGCGUGCACACUGGCGAAAAGCCUUAUACAUGUAUUGUAUGCUCAAAGUCAUUUGCCAGAAAAUGCACCCUUACAGUACACGGACGCGUGCACGCUGGUGAAAACCCCUAAAAAGGUAAAAAGUGUUUCUUAAGUAAUUGUAUAACAUUUUACAAAACACCAAACCCUGGGUAAAAGCCAUCAUGAAAAUCUCAGAAAAAAAAUGUAUAUUAAUCGAGAAAUAUUUGAUUAAUUAGUUUAUAAAUUUAAAGUGUUAAAUGAGCUACCUGUAAUUUAAUAUAACAAAUGCUACUGCUAAAAUUUUAAUUAAUAUUGUUUUAUUUUAAUCAAAUAUUUUUUAUCCACCUCGUGAUAUUAAUGUUGAAUAUAAACCUAUAAAUGUUACAUGUGUUAACACGAUAAAAACACGAGCAGAGUGACGAAGACUAAUAAUUGAGGCGCUCAGAUGCUAUACCAAUUAACUCCAUAAAAUGAAAUUUUCCAGGACAGGCAGUUAUAGUUAUUUGAAAAAAAGUAUGUAAGUACAAUUGCCAAUUUUCUUAGCACACUCUAGUGGUGAAAGAUUCAACUAUGGAGUUAUUUAUCUUGGCCGCUGAAAAUUAUACACUUUUUUAAUCCACCCAUGCUAUUAUUCGAAAUUUGAAAAAAGUGGAGUUAAUCGGUUUGGCAUCUGAGCCCCUCAAAUGUGAUUUGUGAUCGAUAUUGCAAACUAGUAUUAGAUAAUAGUAUGUCAACAUAAAAAGAAAUUGUUGCACGGAGUUUAUUUUUCAUUGCUGAUUUUUUUAGGGAAUUUUUUACAUGUAUUAUUUAUAUUAAACUUGUUUUAAUAUUGUUAUUAUUCAUUGUUUUAUGUGUGUUAUCAUUUAGUAAUAUUAUUUGUAUAAUAUAAAAUGUUUUUUAUCUUUUAUUUCAACAAACACUAUAUUUAUAAAAUAUAAUUGCAACAUUGUA